AUGUUGCCUGUACCGGCAUUGCAUUUUAUUGGUAGCAAGAGUUCAUAAACUCUUAUAAACUCUUGGUUGUAGCUGUAGUUGUGAAUCCAGCAGCUCCCAAGUCGUGGGCAGGAAAGUAGUUCUAUGAUGGCCAGGGAAAAAUCUUCGCAAGCUGAGGAGGCCACGGGCUCUCCGAAUACCGGCGGUGUAAAAAAGUCCAGGUCGCUUGUGCUUGUUCCUUUCGAUGCUUUGCCUGACUGGUUGAAAGAUAAUAAUUAUCUUCUCACACGGCACCGAUCCCCCACGGGCUCCUUUUCUCAAUGUGCGAAGAGUAUAUUUCGGCUGCACACUGAAACUAUGAACAUUUGGACUCACAUUCUCGGCUCUUUGGCUUUCGUGGCACUGGGCGUAUUUUGGUACAUCGAUUUCUACCCAUCCAGGGAGGAUAUUCUCCGAUUUCAUCCUAGCAAGCUGCCAUGGCAAGAGCAGUUGUCACAUUUGCUGUUUCUCGGCAGUGCAGUCCUUUGUAUGGGGUUCUCGGCCAUUUUCCACACUGUCUCGGCACACUCAAGUGGAGUAGCGAAGAUCUUCAGCAGGCUGGACUACAGUGGCAUUGCCAUACUGAUCACGGGCUCCAAUAUCAUGUGGUACUACUAUGCGUUCUACUGUCACGAUGAAGUGCGCUCGCUCUACACGUACUUCAUCGUGAUCUUUGGAUCUCUGUGCGUGGUCGUUUCCAUGUGGAGUAAAUUCAGCAUGCCCGGCUACCAUAGAGUCCGCGGAUUUAUCUUCCUUGGUCUAGGCCUAAUGUCUCUGGUCCCGGUGUUUCAUGUCCUAUCCCUGUAUGGCUGGACUGUGGCGUGCCACAAUGUUGCCAUGAUGUCACUUAUCUACAUGGGCAUCUCUUACGUUAGUGGCGCCAUCAUCUACAUGCUGCGAGUGCCGGAGCGCUUCUUUCCCGGAAAGUGUGACAUCGUGCUGCAUAGUCACACCAUCUUUCAUAUACUGGUGUUCAUUGGUUGUCUGCUGACCUAUGACUCGAUGCACACCAUGGCCUUCACACGCUACCUCAAGAAUCUACGCGGCUUGACCAGCUGCAACACCAUCAUUCUGGAGUCGGGAUCAGUGCCGCUAGCCGAUGCCAAGAUGGAGUUAUAACUACGUGUAGCUGCUGGCAGGUUCUAUUUUCAUUAGGACUUACUUGCAAGUGUCAUUAGAUCUUAUCCAGUGCUGGCUUGCAGCCUCCCAGCUGUCCGUGCAAGCGAUUGUCACUGUGAGCAAUACUUCCCAAGUAUGAACAUGCUCCCCCCCCCCCCCCCCCUUCCUCACGCUUGCGCCCUGUGUGUCACUGGCGUGCUCUCUUCGGGUAGAGUGUGGUACGGUAAGUGGAGAAAAUCCUAUCGCGCCCAGCGAGGAUCAAUUUUCACAGCUUUAUUUAUUCCGUGUUUUAACGCUUGGGGCUUUCCAUGAUUGUCAUUUUUCAGACUGCCUGUGACGGGAGUGCACGCUGCUGGGAUGAUUUUUGUAUGCAUUUAAUAUUCUUGUUAGGUUUGAGUUACUUGUCAAAUUACCCAUGCUGACUUUCUUAUGAGCAACCCCCCUCUCCCAGCCAUCUUAGUGCCAUCACUGUUCAUAAUUAUGUGGAAGAAAUAUGAAAUAUUCAUGUAACUAUCAUCUUUGGACGUUGGUCCUAUUUUUUUAACAAAUCUAGUGCUGCUGCUGCUGCUCCUUCAUACUCUGUUUGGAAUUACUUUCUUAAGGCGCA